ACAUCUGAAAAUGACGUCACUUUCUCUGUAUUUACGGUUACAUCCAAAAGUAUGACCGUGCGAUGGACGGGACAUACCGGCGCUACUUCCUACAAAAUCACGGCGACACCCAAAAACUCUCGGGGGCACUCGUUUCUUGCUCAGUUCAGCGGUGACUCUGUGAUGGGCUCGGUCAACUCUCUGUCACCAAACACUGUGUACACCGUGCAACUGGAGGCCAUGGAUGACGCUCUCAAUGUCCUGAGCACUGCGGAAACUGAGGAGACAACAGCCCCUGAGGUGCCCAGCAUUGUUCAGGCCUACUCCAAGCACAGUGACAGCAUCACUGUGGAGUUCACAGAGGUUGCCGGGGCAACCGGCUACAGCCUGAGGGCAGUGUUGCAGAGCGGCAAUUUUGUCUCGGAAACCACGGUCACCAGCUCCCCGGCCACCGUGGUAGGACUUAAGCCCUAUACGAACUACAGGCUGAGCGUCACGUCCAUCAACUCAGGGGGGCGGAGCCAACCCUCGUACCCAAUCAAGGCCAGAACAGUGGUGAUGGCCCCCAAGUUGAACCCCACCUCCCCUGAUGAUGACACCAUCCUGGUCACAUGGUCCCCCGUCGAGUAUGCCAUCCUCUACACGCUCUGCAUCAUCCAGCAGGGCUCCAGCGCACGCCUCAAGGUCAACACUACUGACCACAACAUGACCUUCAGUGACCUUGAGGCAGGGACAACCUACUGCAUCAAAGGCGCAGCCCAGGACUCAGAAGGUCAUGCUGGUGACGACCUCACUGUGUGCCAGAUCACACGUCCUCCAACCCCAGAUUUGGUCCACGUCCAGGUGACUCAGGGUGGGUCCCUCAGCAUCGUUGUGUACUGGGUGCCAGUGCAAGGAGCUGAGGACUACGUGGCUUGGACCACCAAUGGCCAAAACUGUAAAAACACAGCCAGUAACCAUUGUUACAUCAGUCCUGUGGGAUGUGGUCAGAAUCACUCGGUCUCUGUCACUGCUUUCAACUCAGCUGGACCUAGCUUGCCCUCACCACCAGCUGACUACGUCACAUACCCCUGUUCCCCAGAUGACAUCUGGGUGCAGGAAGCCCAAGCUGACAACUGCUCAGUCAUGUGGGAUGAGGUACCCCUGGCGGAGUUCUACAUGGCUUUUAUAAAGAGGGACGACGGUACCGAGAAGUUGUGCAACACCACUGGAACCAGCUGCCACUUCCUCUGUGUGUGUGGUUACACCUACCUCACCAGCAUCUUCCCCUACAACCAGGCCGGCUCCAGUCCCUUUGUACAUGUGCAGAACUACACCACGAUUCCAUGCUGCCCACAGGGUGUUUCUUUACAGUCAGUUUCAACAGAGACCCUGGAGAUCACAUGGUCACCGGUCAAAGGGUCAGAACUUUACGAGACGACAGCAAAGCAGGUUGAUGAAGUCAUCCGCUGCAAUGACACUGCGCCGGUGUGCGCGCUGUCAGAUUUGAGGUGCAACAGCGUUUACUCUGUGGUGGUCUCACCGUGUAGCGAGCUGCGAGGGUGCAACCGCACUUGCAAGCCCCACACGCACGAGACAGCUCCGUGUUCUCCAGAGAUUCUGAAUAUGACCCAGUUCAACGAGUCUUCAUACAGAGUCCAUUUUACCACCCCAAAUGCCCAAAAUACAGAAUACGCCAUCACUGCCACCGGGCGCUAUGAUAGACACACUUGCCACGGAAGAAACACUUCCUGUGAUAUAACACGGUUGCCGUGUGGUUCAACAUAUGAGGUCACAGCCGUGGCCACUACAAACGCAGGACGGAGUCUACCCGGAUACAGUAACAUUUUAGAAACAGGUCCUUGCUGUCCCGCGUCUAUGAACGUGAGCCAGGUCACGCAGGCCAUGACCAACGUGACCUGGUUCGUCGGACGUGGAGCUCGCUCAUACAUUGUCACGCUGACUUCGUCACACGGAUACGCCAAGUGCCACACUAUGGACAUCCAUUGCUUGAUGGGAUGUAUUAGCUGCAGUACGAACUACAGCGUCACCCUGGAAGCCAUCAGCAACACUGGACACACUUCCGUGUGCAAAUAUCACGGCUUCUCAUCAAGUGCCUGCUGCCCGACCAAUGUCAAACUGUAUCGCUGGGCCAACAACUCCCUAAGGGUGUACUGGCACUCUUCCUGGACUCCUCAGAUCCAGGAGCACACGGUGGAACUGUAUGGGACGGCUGCCAACUACACAUGCCUCGCGGCUGCCAACAGUAAAUUCUGCGACAUCCAGGAGGAAAGAUGUGGGGACGUCUACACGGUUGUGGCGGCGCCAGUUGGACCCAAUGGCAUCAAAGUCAACUUCUGUCAGCAGAGGACAUACUCAGUUCCUUGCCCAGGAUUGAACAGUGGCAUUGUGAUCUCUCGUGGAAGAAGAAGCAUAAAAUAA